CUGGUGGACGCUAUCGUGCGUGAUUUGAAUCUUGCCAAUCACUUUUACCUUUUUUACCUGGAACUAUUUCUUUUUAGCCAUGUAAACUCAUUUGGAACCCUCUUCUACUGUCACUGGAUCUUUUAAAGCGCUGGGUUUGUGCUCAUAAGAGAGUUUUUAUAGACAAUCAGCAAUGAAUACUCGAGCUAAGCCUAAAGCACAAACCCAGGCCCAGCCAUCUCAACCUCUCAUCAGUGCUGAACAACUUGUUGAUCUGCUUCAAAACGAUGAACUUCUUACGAUAUUCCAAGGCGUUGUCAACAAGGUGAUCGACAAGAUACUGGCAGGAGUGAAGGAGCAACUUCUUGAAAGGAUUGAGCAGAAUGCUGGAACUAUUUUGGAUCUGCACUCUGCUGUCGAGCAGAAAAGGAAAGAGGUUGAUCAUCUCAAUGUUGAGCUGACUAAGCAGCAAGACACCAUCGGUCGCCUGGACGGGGAACUUGAGGAGCUGAAGCAGUACUCUAGGAGAAACAACAUCAGAGUUUUUGGUUCUCCUGAAAGUGCAGGUGAGAUCACCGAUGAUGUCGUGAUUGACAUCAUGGUAAAGCAACUAGGAGUCGAGCUUCGGUCUUCUGACAUCGACCGCUCGCAUCGUGUGGGCAAGCCAGGUGGACCGAAAGCGCGUCCAAUCAUCGUUAAGCUUACUUCCCACAAAAAAAAGAGAGAAAUCUUGAAGGAGAAAAAGAAACUUAAGAAAUCAAAAAUCUCAGUUCAUGAGGACCUUACCCGCUAUAGACACAGUUUGCUAAUUGCUACCCAGAAGAGCGAUAGAGUCACAACCUGCUGGACUAUGGAUGGGAAGGUAUUUGCGAAUGUUCCAUCCACUCAUGGUGAGUCUGUAAGACGACUUAUCCCAAACAUUGACUUUCUAAACACUCUCCCGAAACUUGUGUGGUAGUUCUCUUUCCUCACUUGCCAGUAAUAUGUUUAUU